GAUGUCAUCUGAAUCGAAAAACCCCUUGCAUUGCACUGAAGUGGAACAUCGAUAUCCGUCGUCUGAGACUGACCAGCAGCUAGCAUCAGACAGCAAGUUAUUGCAGUCAGAAGUAAAAGUUAUUGCUGGCAAUAGACACCAGUUCACAUCAUGGUAGAAAUAUACUCAAAUCCUGUUGCAAGUGACAUAGCAUCUCCUGGAACCUUGGAAGAAGGAGCGACAGCAAUACAGCGAGAUGCCACCAGCUUCAAACAACACCGACGCACUUUCAUGGUCAUUGCUUACUGCUUACUCCAGGUUGCCCGUACAAUAACUUUAAUCAUCUACAUUGGCCGUGCAGUAAAAUGCUGUCUGGACAGUAAAACAGUCACCUUCUUAUGCGAAAAUGACGCCUUUGUCGCACACGAUUACGAGGUUGAAGUUGUUUGGCUAAYUCUGAGCCUCGUUAACAUAGUUAUUUGCCUGAAAAUGUUGAUUGCCUGGCACGGCAUGCCAGRUUUGAAGAUUCUUACUGGUAUAUCUGUAAGACGAUCUGGUAUGUGGACGCUGGUAUUCCUUGUCCUGACCAGCAUUAUUUCAUUUGUUAUUCUUACAAAUAAGAAUGACAUCAGUGCUAGAAACAUUGUCCUGGUUUCUUUGUUUGAAUGCCAAAUCAUUUUCAUCACAAUGGCAGUGGUCAUUUUAAAUGGCACAAUUGUUUCUAUGURUACAAGGAAAAACAACUACAAAACCGAUGCUCUGUUCCUUAUCAAGAUGACCCAUGUUUUGCUAUUCUCGGAGUUCUUCGUUCUGUUCAUUAUUGGGACGCUGCAAUUGGGCUUUGAAGUAAAUGGUCUUGAAAACUCACCAUCGCGCGUCUUUCAGAAGGUAUUCACAGUGCUUCGCCAAUUUAGUGAAGUCUUUUUCUACCAUAAGAUUUCCUCUUUCUUGUGGGUUAAGUUAUUUUUAGAUGAAAAGGAUAUUUUGAAURACAUUCCACUCAAACACCAUCACAAAAACAUCAAAUAUGUUAACGUGUGAAGUUGAUUAUGCAAAGGCGGAUACAGUGGAGUCCGUUAUAAGGACGGCUAGGACGACACCCUCUUUUUUGGGGCUCAGAAAUGUAGAAAUAGAAAUUAUAAUGUGAAUAAAGAAAGCAAGGAAGAAAUUAAAUCGGGAUGCGGCGAACUCUGAAAAACAACUAUAGCAGCGUUCAUGUGAAAAACUACUGAAAUAUUUUUUUUUCUGACACAGAUAMAUAGAUUUUUUUUAGUUAGCCAUCCCUCUUUGUGACGUUCUGGAUCCGCCAUUGUGAUAAGCCUUGUACUUUGUAUAUAAUGUAUAUAGACCAUAUAAAAAGGGCAUGGUUAUCGUAACGUCAUAGUUUUGAGUUGUAUAAUAUAUCAUUACUACCCGUUUGAAGAAAAUAUUAUAAUAAGUAAGAUCUGCAUGUUUCAGUGCUCUACCAGAAGUAAGAGAUGUUUGAAAAUGCAAAGGUUUGAGUGAAAAUCAGUAUGGAGGCCUUACCAUUUCAAAUAGUCCAUAUCGCAACCCGCGGAAAGCCUUGUGACGCAGUGCAUUUUGGGAUUGAUAAAUGAGUAAACAAGUGAACAACGAUGUCAGUGCUCCAGUUGUCUGUAACGUAGACUCAG